GGGCUUCGUCGUCGUUGGGGGGGGGGAACGAGGAGAGAAGCGUCCAUCAUGUCGGAGUGUCCCGCGGGCACGCCGGUCGGACCGGGGGGGGGCGCCGGGUUCGGUGCCGGCGUGGUGCGGCCCAUCGGGGCGGAGGGGCUGGUGUCUCUGCUGGAGGGGGGUCUGGACCGCGUGCUGCUGAUCGACAGCAGGCCUUUCGUGGACUACAACUGCUCGCACAUCCUGGAGGCCGUCAACGUCAACUGCUCCAAGCUGAUGAAGAGGCGGCUGCAGCAGGACAAGGUGCAGAUCGCCGAGCUGCUCCAGCACUCCGCCAAGAAGAAGCUGGAGCUCCAGGGUGGGCAGGAGGUGGUGGUGUACGACCAGAGUUCCUCUGACCCCUCCUCCCUGGCCUCCGAGGCCUUUCUCAGCGUCCUAUUGGCCAAGCUGGAGCGCAGCUUCCCAUCGGUCCACCUGCUCUCAGGUGGAUUCGCAGAGUUCUCCCACCACUUCCCUGGCCUGUGUGAGGGCAAGUCUACACUGGUGCCGUCCUGUAUCUCCCAGCCCUGCCUGCCCGUCACCAACGUAGGGCCCACCCGCAUCCUGCCUCACCUCUACCUGGGCUGCCAGAGAGACGUGCUCAACAAGGAGCUGAUGCAGCAGAAUGACAUUGCUUACGUCCUAAAUGCCAGUAACACCUGCCCCAAGCCGGACUUCAUCCCCGAGUCCCACUUCCUGCGUGUUCCUGUCAACGACAGCUUCUGUGAGAAGAUCCUGCCCUGGCUGGACAGAUCCGUGGAGUUCAUAGAGAAAGCAAAAGCGUCAAAUGCCAGGGUCCUGGUCCACUGUCUGGCUGGAAUCUCCAGAUCGGCCACCAUUGCCAUCGCCUACAUUAUGAAGAGAAUGGACAUGUCCUUGGACGAGGCAUACAGGUUCGUGAAGGAGAAAAGACCCACCAUCUCCCCCAACUUCAACUUCCUGGGACAGCUUCUGGACUUUGAGAAGAAGAUCAAAAGUCCCCAGGAGCCCGAGGCCAAGCUGAAGGUCCUCCAAUCAGAGGAGCCCGCUGAGCCCCCCGUGGACCAGCAAGAGGGGGUCGGGGACCCCCAGGAGCCAACGGACCUUGUGGAGCUCCUGGGCCCCCAGGAGCCCCCAGUCCCGCUGGAGCUGUCCAUGCUGGAGCCCCUGACCCUGCCUUGCGUGCUGGCUGACCUCCCCGAGGACCAUCUCCUGGCCCAGGCCCUCUGUAGCCUGCAGCUGCCUGAAGGCUCCGAGGACAGCGCCAGGCUCAAGCGCUCCUUCUCCCUGGACAUCAAGUCGUACGUGGAGCCGGGGAGCAGCGUCCCCCUGCGUGCCUUCGUCCCUCACCCUGGAGCAGGGGACGCCCAGGAGUACUACAAACCGUCCGCUUUCAAGGAGCCCGCCAGCAAGCCCUGCCAGUUCUCCCCAGUGGAGGAGGUGUCGGAGCAGUCCACCCCGGAGCAGAGCCCCGACAAGGAGCAGGUGGACGGCCCAGCCCCGGCCGCCCCUGCUGCCCCUACCACCUCCAGCACCGCCGCCCCCGGCAGCGCCAAGCUGCCCAGCGUCCCCAAGCCUCCACCCCCACUUCUCAGCUGCUCCCACCAGCUCCACCGCAGCGGCAGCAUGGAGGAGAGCCCCCACGCCACCAGCUUUCUGCUGGGCCUGUCCCGGAGCCAGCAGCACCUGGCCAAGCCCGGCCCGGGCGGAGGGGCCCUGAAGGGCUGGCACUCGGACAUCCUGCUGGGGCCCGUCACCGUCUCCACGUCCUCCCUGGCCGGCGGCUGGUACCUCUCCUCCGAGUCCACGCGCUUCUACUCCACCUCGGCCAUCCUCAGCGGCGGCGGCGGCUACGCGGCCUACAGCUGCAGCCAGGGCUUCGAGGCGGUGCGGCGGCGCGGGAGGCAGAAGAGCGGCGACCGGGGCGACUCGCGGCGGAGCUGGCACGAGGAGAGCACCUUCGAGAAGCAGCUGAAGCGCCGCAGCUGCCAGAUGGAGUUCGGGGACGGGAUGUCGGAGAGCCGCUCCAGGGAGGAGCUGGGGAAGGUGGGCAGCCAGUCGAGCUUCUCGGGCAGCAUGGAGAUCAUCGAGGUGUCCUGAGGGGCGCAUGGAGAGACGGGAACGUCUUGUGCACUGUGUGUCUCCGCCCUGCCUCCUUCCACCCCUUCACCCAAAUUCUCCUGAACGAUAUGAUCAAAUUUGAAGAUCACUCACUUUUGGACCCAACAUACAAUAUGUAUCCCACAUGGGAAACAACCUUGAACUGGUCUUGUGGCGCUUUUGUGUACUUUUCGUGUCCGUUUUUUUCCGACAUGUUGGCCGUAAAUGUAGUAGAGUGCUUAACUCGGACUUGGAUGCAGCUGUGUGUUACUGAAUGUGAUGAAGCGGACCCACACAGCCACGUACGCGUACUGUACACUCUUAAACUGUUGUUUCACUGAGGACUGAGCCUUCGGUAGAUAUUUUGGGGACUUGAGGAUGAGUGGUGCUCAUCAUAUGUUUGUUUUUCAUUUUCUUUCAUUCUCAUCAGCCUUAGACAUCUACGUCUGCCAGAUCUUGUUCUUAUCAACCCGGAGCCUUGCACAAAGCACGGCGUCAAACUGGAUCCGAAACACAAACUUUUCGUCUUCUCCUCUCCUGAUGGCGUCAACGUUUAAACUGUCCAGUACCUCACAGAUACAAAUUUGAGGGUUCCUUUUAAUCGUGAUUUUUUUGUGUCCAGCUCAUUGACAAUUGAAAUCUCAGGUCUCAUUUGAGCAGCAGAAAAGACUAUUGAUCAGUUCCCAUGAAUGAUGAGAAAGGUUAUGGAUUUGUCUGAAAGGGUUUUUGAAAGAAGGAAAGGUUUAACGGUUGAAACGCCUGUGCUGAAAGCUUUCAAUAUUUCCCGCCAUUGGCAACUGUCAAGCGAUCAGUUUCGCCCUUCCUGACACAAGCGGCUUAAAUGUGCUGCGGAGGACUGCUGCUGAUCAAGGACAUGUUGUUAUUGGUGGUAGGUAAGAGGUAUAUGAGGACAGGAGUCCUACAGGUAGAAAGUUGGAUAAGCAAGUUCUUACUAAGAAAGAGGCUGGAACUCUUGUUCAAAACAUCGUAGCUGUGACCGAUGGCAUCAUGCCUACAAGCAGCGGUGGAGAUGGCAAAGGAUUGUUCUAGAGAAGACUAAACGAAGAUAGGGUUAUAGAAAGUUAAUGCCUCGGUCAGAUCACUCACAGACGAGGAUUUGUCUAUCCUAGACAUUUAAUAUUGCACUAUUUUGGUUCGGGAAUGGUUUUUGGAGAAGUAUUUUAACAGUUAGCUUUUGGUUUUAUGAGCAAAUUGGUGGCCAUUUUAAGAGAAUGAUGCUGUGCUUCUGAGUGUGAAUGUGCAAGUAUGUUUGAUGCCCACAAGCUAGCAGAUCCGAAAGCUGAAUACGUUGGUGUUCAACAGGAACCUUUACACUUUCACAACUGUUUGCUUUAAGGUGAUACAUUACCGCAACCGUUUUGUUUCCUCAUAGCAAAUACUAAAUGUCUUUAGACGCAGAGAGGGUAAACAACAAAUAAUACGCAAGAUACGGAACGUUGUGCAAAGAAACGAUAGUAUUCCGCGAUGCGUAUGGCGGGUUAGGGUUAUCAGUACGAGAAACGGCUCACCUUGAUCUUUUCUGUUGAAUGCCUUGUUCUGGAGAGGUUGGGAGUGAGUUGGCUGCCUUGCGCAGUGAUGGUGAAGGAGGACAGGGUCUUGCUGUUGGCCUUCCCACAACUUGGUCAUGCAGUCAAACAAGUCACUCGAUACAUGUGACACAGAGGAGAGGGGUUUUUGUUUUUUUUUAAGAGAGAAAUAAGGUGUCCAUACACCAUCAUCUCUUUCUCUGGACAUCUUAUUUACAGAUCUCCAACUGCCCCCCCCCCCCUUUUUUAUCUGAUUGUGUGAGAGUAGCCUAGGCUGUCAUUGGUUUCGAGUGACUUUUUUGGGUUCCAAAGUCCUAGUCCCACCCCCCUACUCCCCUGCCUAGAUAGCACCAUGUUCUAACCCUUCUCACCCCCUCUGUUCUACACCUACACCUUCGUCUGUGUGUGACGAGCUGGACAGAAUGGCAAGUCUUAUGACAUCAUUAGAUCAGAUCAAGUUUAGGUCCUUGGGUAUGGAUUUGACGGAUUUUUGUUGUGUGUCGAGUUGGCAGUGUAUGAAUCGGACAAGUGUUUUAGGCCGAAGGUUCUGGGAUUGGCCACUGGGGCUUGAGGUAAGAUGGAGUGGAGGAAUGUCAGUUCCCAGGCUAUGUGGGUUGCCUUCAUCACAUCCUCAGACCACUCUGGGAUCAGUAAACUGUACUCCUGGCUUUGUACACAUCCUUCCUGUAUUUAGAGUGUGGUGCUGGUCAUCUGUUAGGGCAGUAUUAUUUCCUGCACUUACAUCCAACAAGUGUUGACUGAUGGUCGGCCUAAUGACUGUGGAGCUACCCCUGUAGGCAGGUAGCGCGGGACGGAUAAUUGGGAAAGGAAGUGAUGUCAUGGGGAUGGCAUGCUUCGAAUUGAGCGAUUGACAAGUUCAGGAAAACGACAAGGCAGUUUUAAGCCUCUGGAGAGGGUGACCUCAAAACCACCUCUCUGGUCCCAAACCGCUUCACUUCCUCUUGUGCCUUUUGAAAUUUAGUGUGCGACGCUGGUAUGCUUCUCUCACCUGUUUUUUGUAUGAUUUUAUUCGAUUUCUCUCGAUUUUUUUUUCUACAGAAGAAUGGUUUUUUUUAAUUGCAAAGUAGCAUGUUUGAACGUUUUGAAGUUAUCUCCAAAGCUGUGAAAUAUACCGGUAUAUGGAAUAUCAGAUGUAAACUCAACUGUAGAGGGAUAUAUCAUAAAUGGGUUUGUGGCAACCAUGUCACAGUUAGCAAGAUGACGAUUUGUCAACUUUUCGGGAGCUGAUUCUACCCUAGUAAUUGGUUUGUUGGAAUUUAAAACAAUGAUUCCAAACUUCUACAUUUUCUAUCCAUUAGAUAUUAAAGCCAUUGAUUAGCUACUGGAUUACUGGAUUUGUAAAGGACUUACAGUAUGAUAUUAGAUAAAAGAUGGUACCUGUGUGAACAUGUGUGCAAGUAGGCCUGUGGCGUUGUGUGACAACAUAGUUAGCUUUACUUUUGACAAUGUGCACAGUUGUAUGAAGUUAUAAUGCAUUAGAUGUAUGAUGACUGUUGAAAUAAAAUCUGAAACGGUA